AGUGAGGACAGGGUGCCAAGAGGAGACACAGAGACACACAGCCAGAGAGUCUGACGUUCAUUCCCUGAUUAGUGAGCCUCGCAGAAGAGAAGAAAUAUCUCUUAUUUGUUCUUAUAUGGAUAUUGAUUUCUUUUUUUCCCCCACUCUAACUCCUUUCCAGACUGGCUCCAUCACAGCAGCAGCACUGCGCUUCAUUGGAAUGUGCGCCGUAGCGUCUCCGGGACACGUCUGAAAAGCAAGACAGCCGAGACAGAAUAGAAAAAAAAGAGCUUCUGCAGUCAUCCAAACUCCUUUAAGAAAUCUAAAUGCCUCUCUUUUAAUGGGACAGAUUUCCCUGGACGCCUUACACAUUUUUGGAGACUUUUUACGCAUUUUGGAGACUUUGCCGAGUGAAAUGGGUGAUGGAAACGGACAUUUUGUCUAUUAACAGAGGAUAAUAAAGCCGUAUAAUAUUUUCUACCCAAGUGCACUUGCUUUCCCCGGCGAUGAUUGUUUUUUUGUUUGCCCUGUGCAUCACGGAUGGAGUGCUCUCUCAGAUACGCUACUCGGUGCCGGAGGAGGCGGACCACGGCACACUGGUGGGGAAUAUCGCCGAGGACCUGGGGCUGGACCUUACCAAACUGGCGUCCCGCCGCUUCCAGGUGGUGCCCAGCUCUCGGACACCGUACCUGGAGGUGAACCUGGAGAACGGCGUGCUGUUCGUGAGCGAAAAGAUCGACCGGGAGCAGAUCUGCAAGCAGAGCGCCAACUGCCAGCUCAACAUGGAGGUGUUCCUGGAGAACCCGCUGGAGCUAUUCCGCGUCGAGAUCGAAGUGGUGGACAUUAACGACAACCCGCCCAGCUUCCCGGAGACGGACAUCACCGUGGAGAUCUCGGAGAGCGCCACACCGGGCACCCGCUUCCCGCUGGAGAGCGCCUUCGACCCGGACGUCGGCUCGAACGCGUUACGCACGUACGACAUAACCACUAACAACUACUUCUACCUGGAUGUGCAGACCCAAUCGGACGGGAACAAGUUCGCGGAGCUGGUGCUGGAGAAGCCGCUGGACCGGGAGCAGCAGGCGGCGCACAGGUACGUGCUGACAGCGGUGGACGGCGGCCAGCCGCCGCGCACUGGCACCGCGCUGCUGGUGGUCCGGGUGCUCGACUCCAACGAUAACGUGCCGGUGUUCGACCAGCCCGUGUACACGGUGAGCCUGUCGGAGAACGCACCGGCUGGCACGCUGGUCAUCCAGCUGAACGCCACCGACAUGGACGAGGGUCUGAACGGAGAGAUCGUCUACUCCUUCAGCAACCACAUCUCCAGCCGCGUCAAGGACCUGUUCAGCAUCGACGCGCGCACGGGGCGCAUCGAGGUGCGCGGCGAGGUGGACUUCGAGGAGAGCGGCCUGUAUCAGAUCUUUGUGCAGGCGAAAGACCUGGGGCCAAACGCCGUGGCCGCGCACUGCAAAGUGCUGGUCAAAGUCAGCGACGCGAACGACAACGCGCCGGAGAUCACCUUCAGCACCGUGACCGAGUCGGUGAGCGAGGCGGCGGCCCCGGGCACCGUCAUCGCGCUGCUGAGCGUCACGGACCGGGACGCGGAGGAGAACGGACAGGUGCACGUGGAGAUCCUGGGCGACGUCCCGUUCAAGUUGAAAUCGUCAUUUAGGAAUUAUUACACCAUAGUGACCGACGGCCCGCUGAACCGCGAGCACGCGGACUCCUACUCCGUGACCGUGGUGGCGCGGGACAAAGGGACGCCGUCGCUCACCGCCAGCAAGUCCAUCCGAGUCCAGGUGUCGGAUGAGAACGACAACGCGCCCACCUUUACGCAGUCCGUCUAUGAUGUGUACGUGACAGAGAACAACGUGCCGGGCGCGUACAUCCACGCCGUGACCGCUCUGGACCCGGACGCCGGACAGAACGCGCUCAUCAGCUACUCCAUCCUUGAGUGUGACAUCCAGGGCAUGUCGGUCAAAACCUACGUGUCCAUCAACGAGGAGACGGGCUACCUUUACGCGCUGCGCUCCUUCGACUACGAGCAGCUGAAGGACUUCACGUUCACGGUGCAGGCGCGCGACGCGGGCAGCCCGCAGCUCUCCUCCAACGCCACAGUCAAAGUCAUCAUCGUGGACCAGAACGACAACGCGCCGCUGGUGCUGGCCCCGCUGGGGAAGAACGGCACCGCCAGGGAGCCCCUGCCCCGCUCCGCCGAGCCGGGCUACCUGGUGACGCGCAUCGUCGCGAUGGACGCGGACGACGGCGAGAACGCGCGGCUGUCCUACAGCAUCCAGAGAGGGAACGAGAACGGCAUGUUCCGGAUGGACUGGCGCACGGGGGAGCUGCGCACGGCGCGCCGGGUGUCGGCCAAGCGCGACCCGCAGCAGAUGUACGAGCUGCUGGUGGAGGUGAGGGACCACGGGCAGCCGCCGCUGUCCUCCAGCGCCAGCGUGCUCGUGCUGCUGGUGGACAGCGUGGCGGAGGGCCGCGGAGCCGGCGGGGACCGCGCGGGCACAGCCAAGGCCAAGGAGGGCACCCUGGAUCUGACCCUGAUCCUCAUCAUCGCCCUGGGCUCCGUCUCCUUCAUCUUCCUGCUGGUCAUGAUCGUGCUGGCGGUGCGCUGCCAGAAGGACAAGAAGCUCAACUUUUACACCUGCCUGGCCAGCGAGUGCUGCCUGGGCUGCAGCUCGUGCUGCUCGCGGCAGGCCCGCGCGCGCAAGAAAAAGCUCAGCAAGUCGGAUAUCAUGCUGGUGCAGAGCGCCGGCAGCGUCAGCGGGGCCGGUGGCACGGCUCACGUGCCCGUGGAGGAGUCAGGGAGCUUCGGCUCGCACCAUCAGAACCAGAACUAUUGCUACCAGGUAUGUCUGACUCCAGAGUCUGCCAAAACCGACCUCAUGUUCCUAAAGCCACGUAGUCCGUCUAGGAGCACAGACACCGAGCACAACCCGUGCGGCGCCAUAGUGACAGGGUACACAGACCAGCAGCCUGACAUCAUAUCAAAUGGCAGCAUUUUAUCAAACGAGACCAAACACCAGCGAGCUGAACUCAGCUACCUGGUUGACAGGCCGAGACGUGUCAACAGUUCGGCGUUCCAGGAGGCGGACAUGGUCAGCUCCAAAGACAGCGGCCACGGGGACAGCGAGCAGGGAGACAGCGACCACGACGCCACCAACCGAGGCCAUUCCUCCGGUAAGAACCGGCUCCGGUUCAGGGCUUCACCCUCAGCCAAUGACAAAGUGCCUUUUAGUCACGUGUUUCACUCGUUGAGCGAGCGCGGAAGUUCGGAAAUAAACCAAAUGGAUAUUGAUGAAAACCCCGGUACUAGUGACGAGAAUCAGCCAACCACUCAGUCUCAAAGCCAACUCGUUCCGAAAAAAGGCCCUGAUUCGGUGGUGUGGAAGUAUUUUGGAUUCAAGCAAUACGACGAGGGUCAGUCUGAUGUGAAGAAGGCAUGCUUUGCCCUCGCUGCAGCACCGAAAAGUAACACCACCAAUCUUUACCAGCACCUCAAACGUCACCACAAACUGCAAUAUGAUGAAGCCUGUCAAAAACACCGCCUGGUGUGCGCAACAGUAUCCUCCUUGGACAAGUGUGUUAAUUGUGUGGGACCCGUAUCUUCCUUCAAGUGGCUUGGCUAUCGAUGCACAGUUUGUUCAGGGGUCUGGCAUAAAUCCUGCCUCAAGCAAAUUACAGGAGAUUACUUGCACAGCACAGCACAGGCACAGCAGUCUUCUGAGGCUUCUGAGGAUGAACGGAUGUCAGAUCAGGACAAAAUUCCACAUCCACAAUUGGACGAAAUAUCAUCUGAUGAUGCUGAGGACAUGUCUGACAAGGAAUACAUACCUGACUCUGAGGAUGAUGAAUAUGAUUCAGAUGCCAGCAUACACUUAAUGUCAAGUAAGGCAAGAGCUGCACAUAUUCAAGUUGCAGAUUUCCUGGGUCACGACAUCCGUGUUCACCGCGACUUCUACAGAUUACCAGUUCCCACAACACAACUGGCUAAGAUUUCCAAACUGCUUUUGUCAAUGGAGAAAGGACACCUUUCCAGCAUGCAGGGGAAGUCACUGGAUGAUAUUGAAAUUGAAGUGGACGCUGAAGAUAGUGGGAGCGAUUCUGAUAACGGCAACACAGAAGUCACAGCAUCAGAGUUUGGAACUGUGGAGCCUGUGGAUUUUGACUCUACAACCACAGAGCAAGACCAUGACAUUGGAGGCUUUGGAUCAGUGUCCUUUGUGUCGUCCACAGUAAAUGAGAGUGUACCUCCCUCUGAAGGGAAUUAUGCUGAUAAAGAACAUGGAUCCAGAAGAGUGGCAAAGAAAGUGUGGUCUAAGGCUGAGGUCGCUGCAGUAAUGCGACACUUCAAAGAUCAUAUAAGCAGGGGGAAACUGGCCACCAAAACUGAAUGCAGUCACUGCAAACUGGUGGAAGAUCCCGUGUUGGCACAAAGAACAGUGCAAAAUAUAAGGGACUUUGUUAGAAAUAGAGGAAUAACUGCAAAGAGGCAGUGUUGUGAAGUGGAAGCCAGUCGGAUGGAGGUAGAGCGACAUAUAGAGAAGCAGUGA